AUGGAGGCCAAACUUAGAGAAUAUCGCGCUCUUCGUCGUCGGCAACAGUUUAUUGAAAACGCAAAAGAGAAAAUCCGAGAGUCGAAAGAAAAACUUGUCAAAUUAAUAACUCCUAAAUUUUUUACCGAAAUGAGUAAAGAAAAAGAAGAGGAGGUGCUAUUAAUGGAAAAUGAAGAAACUCAUCAUCAAGUGAUUCCACCACUUGUAAACCCCAGUGACGUAACAUCAGAGCUCAGCGAGAUAGAAACUACAGUUGAAGAAAACCCAGAAUCUUGGAAAUAUUUCAUUGUGAAAUGGAGUAUCUACUUAGUAGUAUGGCUUACAUUGUAUGCAAUCUUCCUCAAACUGCAAUUUGGUGCUGUAUUUUUUGUAAUAUCUGUAUUGAUAGGUAUAUGUUUAAAUACAAGGACAACACCCAAAAAGAAAGGUGAGAUAUCAGCAUAUAGUGUGUUUAAUCAAAAUUGUGUCAGUAUAGAUGGUACUCUUAAAGCUGAGCAAUUUGAACGGGAAAUAAGAUAUGGAGCUGGUAGUGUAAGAUAA